GAUUUUGUUUGUUGAACGCACUUUAAAUUUUACUGAAUGAAUAUUUGCGCACAAAAAACAAGAUUUAUUUUUGAUUUCCACAAAAUCUUAUUAAAUCAAUCCAAAUUCCAGCAAAACGAGCUACCACAAAAUGCUCACAACAACAAUAUUGUCUACAUCCAAUUUCUCCUUCAACCAUUCAAUGUUGCACAGCAAACGAAAAACACAUUGAAUGAAUGUUUGAUGCUCGAAGAUAUCAUAAAAAUUAAUUUUUAAUUCCAACAUAGGAGAUUAGGCUGAUUAGAUUGUGAUGUGCAUUGUGAAAUAGUCAGCGAAUAAAUGCACAGGGCAUACAUUCAAUUUGCUUUAGUCAUUUUAUGAGUGCUGACAAGAUUCCUCAGAAAAAUGUCGAGAAAGUUUUUAAGUUUUCUCUUAAUUUCAUUGUGCUAUUGUCAACAAUUUGAUGAUCGUUGCAAAGUGGUGAGAGCAUGACAAAAUAAUGUCAAACUUGGUGUGAAAAAGUUUUACUUCACAGCCUAACACCACGACGUCACAAAAUUUACCGCAUGAGAUGAGUUCUUCUUUGUUCUACAAGUGUCACAAUGGCUUUUUGCUGCUCUUAACAUGUCCACGUGGAAUGAAAUUUGAUCCCUUUUUAUCAGCAUGUUUGCCAGACGAACGAAAGGAUUAUUCAGUGCAUAAUAUAGGAACAAAUUUAAUUAAGAAUCCAACACCACCUUAUAUAACCACAACGAGUGUUAAGUUCAGUGAAAGUAAUCCUAUAAUUCCAUCAACAAUUCCAAAUCCACCAAUUUUAACAUCCACUCAUUCGUCUUCGCAUCCUGAUAAUGAUUCUAUAACUAGCAUGAAUAUUCAUCCAACGCCUUCAUUAUUAACCACAAUUUUAUCCACACUUGUUCCUGACAAAGCUCCAAUUGUGACUAAAAUGAGCAUUGAUGAUGAACUUCCUAUUUUAACAAGUACAAUCCGAAUCCCAACACCUCCCUUGCUGACCACAUCGACAAGUUUAGCAGAAACAUCUACUUUAGUGCCAACCACAACAGGAUUGUCGACAACUAAUGCAGAUAUAACGAACAUUCCAACUGCACCGACAAUUUUUGAAACAACUAUGAAAUUAUUUUUGCCUACAUCUCCAGCUUUUAAACAAUUAAAUCAUAUAGAGGAGGAAGAACUUGGUGUGGAUUUGAGUUAA